CGGGUGGUGCGGCCCGCUCGGCGGAGGGCGGGGAGUCGGGCGCGGCGUCUCCCUGCUCGCUGCUAAACGCGGCCGGAGCCGGGAGCGGGGCGGUGGCAGCGGGACGGAGCCGGAGCCGGGCACGGAGCGUAGUGCCUGGGAGCCGAGCCCGGAGUAUGGCCGGGGCCGCGGCCGGCGCUGCUGCUGCUGCUCCCGCAGCCCGCGGGGAACUUUUCCCCGCGGCCGGUGCCUCCUGGCGGCGGCGGUGGCGGCGCUUGGGCUCGGCGGCGCCCGGCGGGCCGGGGCUGGGGCUGGGGCUGCUGGGGCUGCUGGUGUCCCGCCUGUGCUGCGGUACCUUAGCUGGACCAGUUGUUGAUCCACAUGUGACAGCAGUUUGGGGGAAGAAGGUUGCACUGAAAUGCAUAAUUGAUGUAAAUGAAACAAUAACACAAGUUUCCUGGGAGAAGAUGCACGGUAAAAUUUCAGAGACCAUUGCUGUUCAUCACCCUGAAUAUGGAAUUUCUAUUCAAGGAAAAUACCAAGGAAGAGUGUCAUUUAAAAACUACUCGCUCACCGAUGCAACAAUCAUCCUGAAAAAUGUAAGCUUUUCUGAUGCAGGAGAAUAUAUUUGCAAGGCAGUUACAUUCCCACUUGGAAAUGCACAGUCGUCAAUAACUGUAACAGUACUAGUUGAACCUGUUGUGAGCUUAACAAAAGGACCAAACCCUCUAAUAGAUGGUGCAAAUCAAACAACAGCAGCAAUUUGUACAGCAGCCACUGGAAAACCUGCUGCAGAGAUUGACUGGGAAGGAGGUCUUGGUGAAAUGGAAUCCAGCUCUACUUUGUUUCCAAAUGAAACAGUGACAGUUGUAAGUCAGUAUAAUAUUGUCCCUACACGAUUUGCAAGAGGAAGACGUAUAACUUGUAUUGUGAAGCACCCAGCUUUGGAAAAGGAGAUAAGAUACUCUCAUGUGUUGGAUAUACAGUAUGCCCCAGAAGUUUCAGUAACUGGCUAUGAUGGUAACUGGUUCAUCGGAAGAGAGAAUGUUCAGCUCAGGUGUAAUGCUGAUGCAAAUCCAUUACCUAUGGAAUUGAUGUGGACCAGGUUGGAUGGACAAUGGCCUGAAGGACUGCUGUCUGUCAACAACACUCUGCAGUUCACCAGCCCAUUGACUUACAACUACACUGGGACUUAUAUCUGUAAGGUGACUAAUGCCCUUGGUCAGAGAAGUGAUCAGAAGACUAUCUACAUAUCAGAUCCUCCUACUACUACCACUCGACUGCCCACGGUUCCCUGGCAUCCUUCGACUGAUGGCAUCACAGGUUUAGCAACAGAACCUAGAAUAAUAGAUUUUCCAACAUCAUCCUUGCCAGCAAUGCAGGAAGACACUUGGGGUACUGUCAUCGGUAGUGCGGUGGGUGGGGCCCUCUUCCUCAUACUUGUCAGUGUUCUGGUUGGAAUUAUCUGCUAUAGGAGAAGACGGACGUUCCGUGGUGACUACUUUGCUAAGAACUACAUUCCACCAUCAGAUAUGCAGAAAGAGUCUCAAAUAGAUGUUCUUCAGUCAGAUGAUGUGGAUUCUUACCCUGACAGUAUAAAAAAGGAAAUAAAGCAUCCAAUGAACAGCUUAAUAUCUAAAGAUUAUUUAGAAGACCCUGAAAAACCAGAGUGGAACAAUCUAGACAAUAUUAACAGGUACCAGGAACGUUAUGAAAGACCAAUGGAUUACUAUGAAGGUGGAACAUUGGGGAUGAAAUAUAUGGGUGGUGAAUGUUAUGAUGACAAUGAAGAAGACUUUGUUUCUCACAUAGAUGGCUCGGUAAUAUCCCGGAGGGAGUGGUAUGUGUAGUAACCACUGAAAACUAAACUUGUAUCUACAACUCAUUUCAUUGGCUGAUCACUUUCAGAUUGUUUAUACUUAAACAUGAGGAGGAAUAAACUUUUUGAAACUGAUUUUUUUUGAAGGUUUUUAUAUUGUGACUUGACAUGCAAAUAUUCAAUCUGGGGAAAAUGUAUUUGAGCUGCUUAUUUUCCCAAUGCUGUACUACUGUUUAAGAUUGACUUUUAAUGCAGAGUGCUUAUAUUGGUUUAUGUCAGAGGUUAAAGAAAAAGCUAAAUUAAACUUAACACUCAAAAUUGUUUAAGAAUAAAAA